UUUCUAUUACAUAUGUAGGUAUAGUAGAGAGUGUAUAUUGUAUGUACAUACAUAUUUUUAAUUCAAUUCCAUUCAUAAUUUCCGACAAUAAUCAUCGUCGCAGGUCACCGUGAAAUUAUUUAAAGUUCCUUAUCAAUUAUAUCCUUGCUUUGGAAUUCUUUUUUACUUCUAAGUAUAAUGAUAUGUAUUAGCUACUACAUUUUAUACAUUUUAUCAUUAUGUAUAAUAUUAGAAGCAACUGCGGACCUAGAUGGUAUAAAUGUGGGGACGACUGUACCAACUAAUAUACGAGAUAUAUUAAAAAAUGCAAAUGCUAGUGAAGUGAAAAAUAUUCUUAAUAAUACACGAAGAAUCAUUAUUGGUUCUGAAGCUCGGGACAGUAGACCCUAUAUGGUGUAUCUAAAGUUGCCGCCCAAUAAUCCAAAAUACAAAGACUAUCGUCGUUGGCUGUGUGGUGGAGUCAUAGUCCAUGAGGAGUACAUUCUGACGUCAGCAGCAUGCAUUGAAGAUGCUAAACAUUUUUAUGUAGUCUCUGGUACAUACAGACACGAUGAACGCGACGAUCGCAUCAGCAAUGCUUGUUUUAAAAAUGGCGCUAAGAAAGCUAUCUGGAAAUGUAUACCACGGAAUUACGUUUUCGACGGCCAUGAAAACGAUAACAUUAGAUGGAUGAACAACGACAUCGCUAUUGUGAAAGUUGAAGAGGAGUUUGAUUUCACCAGACGUGUUAGAGGAUGUGACUUCGUGCCUCGUCCGAUCUGCUACAAUAACCAGAGCAGUCGCCUCGAGGAUCCUGGGACUAUCGCCUCUAUUGCUGGGUGGGGAAGUACUGAGAAAUAUAACGAGCAUUUGACGAAAGAUACAGUGACCCAAGAUCUAUUGGAAACCGAAGUACGAAUCAUCUCUAAAAACCGAUGCAAGAAGCGGUGGGGUAAACGGUACCACAAUAUCAUCGAUAACUACAUGAUAUGUUCUAAAGAUCUUGUACCCGACCUUAGCGAGAUUUGUCAGGAAAAAUACGUAGAUUGCACGGAUAUAAUGUAUUCAGAAGAGUCAGAUGAAGACGGCAGAAGAACGUUUAGUCCCGGUGAAUUGAUUCUUCAUUCCGCUUAUCACAACGAAUCAGGACGAAGGCAAGCUGGUCCAGGCAGUGGAGGGUUUUGCGAGAACGAUCAUGGCGGUCCUCUAGUGUACGGUUCAGGAGUCAACUCUAUCGUUAUCGGCGUCAUCUCAGCUUGUCUUGUUAAGGAAAGAACUAACAAAUGCUAUGGACCAUUUCUAUACACCAGUGUAUAUAGAAACAGAGUCCUCAUUAGCUGUGCCAUCUACAAAGAAGCUGCAACGGGAUGCGACAAGCUAUUCCGUGCCAGUGAGACGCACACAGAAACUGUGAUGAGCUGGAUUGAUCACCCAGAUGAUGUAAAGACUAUAGAAGUAGCAACUCAUAUGCCAGCCGAAGUUGUAAAAAUUCUUAACAAUACUCGAAGGAUCAUAAAUGGCGAUGAAGUUACUGAUGGCAGGCCGUACAUGGUUUAUCUAAAAUUGCCACGUAGUAACAAAAAACAACCGAAUUACCGCACGUGGCUGUGUGGCGGCGUGAUCAUCCACGAAGAGUACAUCUUAACAUCAGCCGCUUGUAUUGAAGACGCUGAACAUUUCUACAUUGUUUCUGGAACUUAUAAGUAA